AUGGCCGAUAUUUCAGCAACUGCGUACCUCGCGUACAAACACGAUACGAAUGUAUUCCUCUCUUGGAUGAACCAAUCGUCUCAAAAGUGUGGCUGGAAACCACGACGAGCACAGAAAGAGAUCAUACCUGGAAUUAAGACCACUGUGAAGCCGGCCCCACGACUCAAAGGCAAGGAACGGAAAAAGGCGAAGCAAGCAGAAGCAGCAGCUGAGGCCAAGAAAUCAUCGGAUACCCUUGAACAGGUUUCUUCCAAGAGUACAGUGUCAACGGUCGAACUCGUUGAACAGAUCGAGAUUCUUAGUCGCGCAGUCACGAGAAGAACGGCAGAACCAAUGCCGUUCAGUGUACGGAGGGCCCUCCAGCGUUGCAUCAAGGCAAGAGAGCGGUUCGCUCGCUGGUACAAAAGCUCCAACUCCUGUUCUAGCAGCAAACUAGAAUCUCACGAUCAUUUCAUCAAUAUCUUGAAGAAAGCGACGUGUUUAUUCCAAGGAGAAUAUGGUUUUAACCAACCGCAAAAGCCUCAACCCAGCGAGAUGAGUCAGAAAGAUACGUUCACAAAUAUAUUCGAGUGUCUUGAACUAGAGGACGUAUCUGAACCGGAUGAACCAGAUAUUCUAGAAGAUGGAGAUGUUUCGCCAGAAUCUUCCGGAGCAGAUGAAUCAGUGAAACUCGAUAUUUUCGAUAUUGAACCUCUGGAUGCUGAACUCGACUUUGCCAUCUUCUCACUCUUCGAAGACGUACAUCGUAUGCGGGCAGAGGCGCAGCGCAUAUUCCACAGACUUAUGGAUGGUAAUAUUAGUCUUGUGAACGCAACAUUAUCUAUCGCUGUGGCAUUCGACAUGAUUAGAAAAGCCGAGGAAGAAGCCCUGAAAUUGGUCGAUAUGGGUCUGUCCAACGAGUUUUCCGAGUUCAAGGAAAGAUGGUUCUCGCGCGGCGCUUAUCCUGCCUUUUCUGCCAAAUUGACAAACGAUCGGCUGUUUCAAAAAGAGGGCGAGAUAACGGCUCCGUUAGAAUCUUGGAGCGCGUAUGAAGAAUUCAUUCUUCUGCCGCUUGGGGCGACAUUGAGAGAGAUGAAUGAGCGUUCGGAAGCCCUUGCAGCAGGAUUAUCAGACCUUUUCCACCCUUUCAUGUCCAUAUCUACGUUCUAUAAGGAUGUACCGGAGAUGCUUAAUGAUAGUCGGAUCCAAAGAGGCGUAGCGGAAGAUCGUCUUCUCAAACACUUCUAUUACGAGAUGAGAUUCAUAGAGGAUCUUAAGGAAGGUCUCUUCGACGGUUUUAUCCAUGGCGACCUCGAUAAGCCUGAAUCUCAAAGAAGGAUGAGAAAAUCGGCCCUGCCCUUCUAUGACCUUUUCCACAGCGUCCUUCGCUCAACAUGGAAACAUGGUACGGUCAGCUUCGAAGCCGCCUUCGCCGCCAGGGUGAUGCUUGACAUGCACGAGAUUUGUGACACAUCGCUACAUAAUUCAUACACACCACCGAAGGAUGUCACAAUUUAUGCAGACAGAUAUGGGUUUCCUAAAAAGGCCGGUGUUGCUGUGGACUUGUGGGUACGGGAUCUCGAGAUACCUGAUGAGGAAGAGGUUCGGAUCCUUGUGACUCAAGUCCGUAGGAGAAUAGACCACGAUUUGAACGGCAAUGCCCUCUGGCUAUUAGCACGACGAAAAAUGGGAGAAAGUUUGAUGUCAAAACGGCAAGAAAUGGCAGAGUGCGAUAAGGAGUGCGCAGAAGUUCGUUAUGGGGUCUGGCUUCACAGUUCUAGCACGUUUCUACUGGACAGAAAUGUGUUGUAUGGCGGGACUGCGGUAUUGGACAUGAUCACAAUAUCAGAGAUGGCUGAAAUUAGAAUCGCAGACUACAACUUUUCUAUCUUCUCUGUGGCCCAUAUCUACAAUGCCGCUAGACAACUUGCUGGGCUGGAUAUAUCCUGGCCUGAGAUGGACCGAGUAAUAGAACUCCAGAAGGAUUCUAUUUUCGCGAACGACAUCCCAACGACAUCAAAAGAGGUGUCAAGACGGUUUCUGUACCGAACAGGGCUGUCCGCUCUGAAGAAAAUCCAUCGCACCCUACUAGGAUCUGGACCUCGACCGUGGAACCUACAGCCUACACCUACAUCAGCCAUACUACGAGAGUAUUUCAAUGGCAAAAGUACUCUUCCAAGGAUGGUCCAUCAACUCCAGGAGAAGGCCGCUGAAUAUGAAGCGAGUAAGGGCCACAAACAAUCUAGCCGAGCAUCACAAGGGUCAUCGCCGACACCAGGCUCCACAAAAAAGGACCAACGGCAAGUAACGUUGACAAAGGCUCUACAACGCGUCGAAGAUUAUCUUGACGCCGUACUUCCCGACAUUCAAUUCGACUAUCUUAACCUCACGCGUACCUGCAACCGACUUCUGGCAUCGUUAAGACUAGAGCUUAUUGCCCAUCUAGGGAUUGACUAUGAGGUAUCCGACUCUGACACACCACGGAAGUCCUUUGUUCCUGCCGAAAUGGCCCUUAUGAUAGUACUCGAGAAUCAUGCGGCCUCAAUUUUCUACGACAUGGCCAGUCGUAAGGCUAAAAAGAAGGAUGACUCGGAGGACGGCGGUGCCAAGUUAUCGCCCAUUGGCGAGCAGCUCAAGCAUACAGCAACGUUCCUAAAGAAGUUUUUAACGGAAGAGGCUAGACGCGCUUCUGCUCCACAGGACGGGCCUACUUGAUAUGUACGAGUCAUGAAGAUGACGCCGGACUCUCUGAGGUAAGUACUUCACCACCGCCGUUCUAAUCAAAGAACAUGGACCUCUUUACGAUUCACAUCAGAUGCUAACUGUCGGCGAUAGUCAGUCAUCAAGGACCCGAGUCAUCAAAGAUUUAUUCACACGAGAGUCGCAAUAGUUGCGCAUCGGCGGAAUUAAAACGUAGCUAUGAAGGAAAAUAUCACGAGAGCUCACAUAUGAGAUAUUUGACCCUAGGUCGGUGGUUAUCUAAGCUAUCGCCGACUGUGUAUGUUAUAAGAACAAGAUUGCGGUUUCCAUGGACGGAGGCGGGAGACGGGAGACGUUGCUUUAAAGGAUAAGGAGACAGUUCUUUCCAGGUGAGGAACGGUGCUCCUGCCCGAGGAUGGGAGGCAAGAACUUCCCAAUUCGUGGAUGUUCUCGACCAGGAAGGGGCGGUGGAAAUGGCAGCAGGCCUAAUUAACGGCGGGAAGGAACAGGGGUCAUUUGCAAAAAUGCCGAAGGCAGGAGCAAGACUCUAGGCCACACUCUAG